AUGCGUUUCUUCGGCCUGUCUGCGGCCAAGGUGCUGUCGCUCUGCGCGGCGCUCGCCUGCCAGGUCUCGGCGGCUCCCUCGUCGCCCGCGAGCUCCAAGCACGUCUCGAAGCGCGACUUUGGACCCGUGACGGUCUACACGCCGCCGAGCACGUUUGAAAAGGAGCGAUCCCUCUACGGACGCAGCGUCGUCCUCUCGGACAAGACGAUCCUGGCCACGUCGGAGAUCUACGACCCGAGCGCCGAUCCGAACAAGUCGUUUUUCCCCAUCUUCCGCUCGGCGGACCAGGGCAAGACGUGGAAGCAGAUCUCGCAGGCCAAGGACCAGGUCAACAACUGGGGAUUCCGCUACCAGCCCUUCCUGUACGAGCUUCCGGCGCCCUUUGGCGGUUUCCCGGCGGGCACGGUGCUGCUGGCGGGCAACUCGAUCCCCAAGGACCUGUCCAAGACGCAGCUGGACCUGUACGCCAGCACCGACAAGGGGCUCAGCUGGAAGUUUGUCUCGCACAUCGCGGCGGGCGGCAAGGCGCUGCCCAACAACGGCCUGACGCCCGUGUGGGAGCCGUUCCUGCUGCUCAACGGCAACCAGCUCAUCUGCUACUACUCGGACCAGCGCGACAGCCGCUACGGCCAGAAGAUGGUGCACCAGGUCACGUCGGACCUGCGCGCGUGGGGCCCCGUCGUCGACGACGUCACCUACCCUGUCUACGACUACCGCCCGGGCAUGCCCAUCGUCUCGAAGCUGCCCAACGGAAAGUACAUCAUGACCUACGAGUUCUACGGCGCCAAGGAGGGCGGCUUCUCGGUCUACUACAAGAUCUCGGCCGACCCGACCAAGUUUGGCAGCGCCACGGGCGUCGUCCUCAAGGCCACCGACGGACACGUCCCCGUCGGCAGCCCGUACAACGUCUGGUCGCCCGCCGGCGGCGCCAACGGCUCCAUAAUCGUCAGCGCCUCGUCCGACUCCGACGUGUUUGUCAACAAGGGCCUCGGCGAGCCCGGCAGCCAGUGGGUCCGCGUCAAGACCAACGCACCCAAGGCCUACUCGCGCUCCCUCGCCGUCGGCAUCAACCGCAACACCGAGUUCUACAUUGUCGCUGGAGGAGAGCUCAACCAGGGUCCCACCAACAAGGUCACCUUUACCAGCCAGUCGAUCUGA